AUGAGUGGGGCAUGCGUGGUGUGGGCAUGUACUCCUCUCUCUAAACCGCAAACUCGACCCUUCGAUAACCAUCUCGUUAUAUCGCUCUUUCAGUACUCAACCUCAACCACGAAACCCAAAGCGAGUACUCGUUCGCUCAUCACCGUGAUUCAUCCCAAGUCGUCUUUGACGCACUCGUCCAUGGUAGGAGGUAGAGGAAGCAUUGAAUCACAUCCUUUGGAGAAACCGAACACUGAUGUCACCCCCCUAGGAAUGCCUUACCAGGGAGAUCUAGGGAUAAGGGACGUCAACAAUCCAAAUACCACGAAUAAUCUAGAUAUCCAAACUAUUACGCAUGAAAACCUCACGCCUGACAGGGAUAUCAAGGUGUACGAAAACUUUCCCAUAAUAAGCUCUGACGAUGAACUGUAUGAGAAGGUGUGGGGACAGUAUGAAAGCUAUGGCAUGUAUAAUUGCUGCAAUGCCACUAAUCGACUAUGGAAUUUAAUCUUACAAUCCACUCAGUCAAUACUGUUCACUAUCAUCAAAUAUAUAUUUCAAUUGACGACUGCCUUCAUGAGUCUGAGAGUUGUUCCAAUGGCGUUCAUGAUACUUGUGGAUGACUGUCCACUUCGGGAAUAUCUUCGCUCAUUUGGCGAGGAGCAGGUCUUCCUCAUCACAACGCAAACUUCGUUCAUCUCUUUCAACAUCGACCUUUCCUCCAUUGGAAAUUACCGAAGCCUGGACUUUCAUGAAUUUGUAUUGAGAAGCCUAUCAGCGAGAGAGUCUAGAAUCUAUCACGAUCGAAUACCCACACUCUAUUGCAUCAUAUUUCAAUUUCGUCUUACGAGCCUUCCUGCUUCUUUCCACUCUUGCCUUUUCCUCCAUAAUCUUUCGAGUUUUGAGAUUGCCCGUGCCACCUCUACGGGAAUAGCCACUUGA